AUGGCCUACGAACGCAAGUCUAGCCUUUACAAUGACCUAGACCAAACCGAUGAUCAGUGCAAAGUUUUUGUCCUCCUUGACAGUUUUGCUACCACCACUCCAUCAAUCCAUGAAAGGCUUGAUUGGCUCUUCGAAGGGUUUCGAGCCAUCGAUCGUGUUGGCCACAGCGAACGUCUUACCGACUGCGCUACCCAGCGGAGUGUUAAGGACGGUUACAGCGCAUUGAUAGGUUUCGGAUGCGAUUGUCGAUGA